AAGGACUAGUUAAUUUAAUUCAAUAUUAUAUAUACUCAUCUAAAUAUAGGCUCCUCAAAUGAUCCGCCGUCGUCGACAACCAUUUAAGAGGUUAGCGAGCGGUUUGUCUCUUCGCCCCUGUCAGUAUCCAAGCUAUUUCCUCUGGUUUCUACUUCCUUUCAUUUCCAUCAUCAAAAACUAGCUAGCUGCAUCAAACAUGCACAACCCUAGAGUAAGCUUUAGGGCAUUUCUCCUUCUUUUUCCCAUUUCAGCAUUCGUCUUAGUCUUACUUUCGUCCGCAGUAAUUCUAAAAAAGAGCCCCAAAACCACACAAAUCGGGCGUUUUCACGUCCACAAUCAUCUCCAAAAAGCUUCCUCAGCUUGCGAUGGCACUUUGUAUACCGAACUUUGCGUCUCCACCAUUUCCGUUCUUCCAGAUCUGGCCUCCAAAUCCCUCCCGGAACUUAUUUCUGCAACCUUGAACCGAACAAUGCACGAGGUCAGACUCUCCUCUGCCAACAUUACCAACAUCGAGAAGAAGCUCAAAAGUUACAACACAUUGGAAGAGGCGGCCAUAAAUGAUUGCCUUGAGCUUUUUGAUAAUACAAUGGCGGAGCUGAAAGUGGUCCGCUCCGGUCUCGGCCCGAAGGGAACAUCAGUCUCCGAAAACUACCACGACCUGCAGACAUUUUUAAGCGCGGCGAUGACGAACCAGCAGACGUGUCUCGAUGGGUUCGCUCGUAGCAGCGGAAAUGUUAGGAGCAUUAUAAAAAAGGGCCUGCACAACAUCUCUCAUCAUGUGAGCAACUCCCUUGUGAUGCUCAACAAAGUCCCUGGAGUCAACAAAUCGAAACCCGAGGUUUUCCCUGGAUAUGGACGCGUGAAAAAUGGGUUCCCAACAUGGCUAUCUUGGAGAGAUCGAAAACUUCUACAGGCUUCAUUAAAUGAAACCAAGUUCGAUCUGAUAGUUGCCAAGGACGGCACUGGAAACUUCACCAACAUCACCGACGCUGUUUCCGCUGCUCCAAACAACAGUGACACAAGGUUUGUGAUAUAUAUAAAAGCCGGCGCUUACUUCGAAAAUGUAGAUGUGGAUAGGAAGAAGACAAUGCUGAUGUUGGUGGGAGAUGGGAUCGGGAAGACAGUGGUGAAGGCUAGCAGAAAUGUAGUUGAUGGCUUUACAACUUUCCGCUCUGCGACAGUCGCGGUGGUGGGAAACGGAUUCAUAGCCAAAGGGAUAACCAUUGAGAACUCAGCAGGUCCAAGCAAACACCAAGCGGUGGCUUUAAGGAGUGGCUCUGACCUUUCUGCCUUUUACAAGUGCAGCUUCGUUGCCUACCAAGACACACUCUACGUCCAUUCCCUUAGGCAAUUCUAUCGCGAAUGUGACAUAUACGGCACCGUUGACUUCAUCUUUGGAAACGCAGCUGCGGUUUUCCAAGCCUGCAAUUUAUAUGCUCGGAAACCUAAUCCCAACCAAAAGAACAUUUUCACAGCGCAAGGAAGAGAAGACCCUAACCAGAACACUGGGAUUUCGAUUCUGAACAGUAAGAUUGCUGCUGCUGCGGAUUUAAUACCGCUGAAAUCAUCGUUCAAGACGUAUUUGGGGCGACCCUGGAAAGAGUUUUCCAGGACUGUUAUUAUGCGUUCCUACAUUGAUGAUUCGGUGGAUCCUGCUGGAUGGUUAGAAUGGAAUGGGACAUUUGCUUUGAGUACCCUUUAUUAUGGGGAGUAUUUGAACAGGGGGCCCGGGUCAAAUACGAGUGCAAGGGUAGCUUGGCCUGGUUAUAGGGUCAUCAAUAGUUCCACUGAGGCAGAUCAGUUCACUGCUGGGGCGUUUAUACAGGGAAAUGAUUGGUUAAAUUCAACUGAUAUUCCAUUUUCUCUCGGUUUGAUACUUUAGAGCUAAACGUCACUUUUCUUCUUUUCAAGUCAUUUGUAUGUCAAUCUACUAGAAUUAAUUUUUUAUUUUCAAAUAAAUGAUUUUGCUUUGUUUAUAUAA